AUGUCUCGCAAUAAAGGUACAUAUAAUGAUUCAUUUGAUAUAUUUAAAGAUUCUAAAGAGAAAGAAAGAUAUAAAUGUCAUAAAUGUGGAAAAAAUUGGGCCAAAAAUGAAACAAGACUACAAGAGCAUUAUAAUUCUUGUAUCUUAACAGAUAAUGAAGAAAAUAGAAUUUCUCUUGGAUUUAAAUGCCAAUAUCAAACCACGAUAAAUAAUUUU